UUAGAAUAAGGCUGUAACGUAACAAAAUGUGGAAGAAGUCAACGGGUCUGAGUAUUUUCUGAAUGCACUUCAAAAUGUUUGUGAAAGUAAUUCAUAUAGUAUUUGAACCCAGGUCUGGUUCUUAAGAAGGCAGAGUGGUGUGUGUGUGUGUUAGGAUGACUGCGUGUGCAUAUGCGUGUGUGAAGGUCGGCUUUCUUGCUACCCAGUGAUUUGACAUCCCUACACCCCUUCCCGGUAUACACACACAGAGAGGGAUUAUGUGGCCACUCCCCACUAGCAGCAGCUGUAGAGUGUCUACAUAAUGGGGCCACUGUGUCGUUGCCUCGUCACCACUCUGCUCUCUCACCGUUAGCCCGACUUGCUCCCUGCACCUACGUUACCUACUCACUAAUAUUAGAGCAUGUACACAUUUAUUUUCCAUUUUAUGCUACAAAGUAGGCCCAACUAAUAUUUACUUAAGAAAUUGCAGUUUCUCUCCCAGAUGACGUUCCAGUGGCUGUUGUGUGCAGUUAAACUGGAGAUUACUUAGCCCACACAACUGUGCUUAGUGAGAGUGAGACUUAACUGAGAUGAUUUACAAAUAGUUGAGCACUCGUUUCCCUCAUUUGCAUAUACACUACAUGGCCAAAAGUAUGUGGAUACGCCUUCAAAUUAGUUGCUGACGAGUGUAUAAAAUUGAGCACACAGCCAUGCAAUCUCCAUAGACAAACAUUGGCAGUAGAAUGGCCCGUACUGAAGAGCUCAGUGACCUUUUCAAUGUGGCACCGGCAUAGGAUGCCACCUUUCCAACAAAUCAGUUUGUCAAAUUUCUGCCCUGCUAGAUCUGCCUCGGUCAACUGUAAGGUCUGGUAUUGUGAAGUGGAAACGUCUAGGAGCACCAACGGCUCAGCCAUGAAGUGGUAGGUCACAAGCUCACAGAACGUGGCCUCCGAGUCCUGAAGAGCGUAGCGUGUGAAAAUCUUCUGUCCUCGGUUGCAACAACUCACUACCGAGUUCCAAACUGCCUCUGGAAGCAACGUUAGCACAUUAAAUGUUUGUCAGGAGCUUCAUGAAAUGGAUUUCCAUGGCCGAGGAGCUGCACACAAGCCUAAGAUCACCAUGCGCAAUGCCAAGCAUUGGUUGGUAUGGUGUACAAUUCGCCGUUGUUGUACUCCGGAGCAGUAAAACGUGUUCUCUGGAGUGAUGAAUCACGCUUCACCACCUGGCAGUCCGACGGCUGAAUCUGGGUUUGGCGGAUUCCAGGAGAAUGCUACCUGCCCGAAUACAUAGUGCCAACUGUAAAGUUUGGUGGAGAAGGAAUAAUGGUCUGGGGCUGUUUUUCAUGGUUCGAGCUAGGCCCCUUAGUUUCAGUGAAGGGGAAAUAACGCUACAGCAUACAAUUAUAUUCUAGACGAUCUGUGAUUCGAACUUUGUGGCAACAGUUUGGGGAAGGCCCUUUCCUGUUUCAGCAUGACGAUGCCCCCGUGCACAAAGUGAGGUCCAUACAUAAAUGGUUUGUUGAAAUCGGUGUGGAAGAACUUGACUGGCCUGCACAGAGCCCUGACCUUAACCCUAUCGAACACCUUUGGGAUUAAUUGGAACGCCGACUGCAAACCAGGCCUAAUCGCCCAACAUCAGUGCCCAACCUCAGCAAUGUUCCAUCUAGUGGAAAGCCUUCCUAGAAGAAUGGAUGCUGUUAUAGCAGAAAAGGGGGGACCAACUCCAUAUGAAUGCCCAUGAUUUUUGAGAUGUUUCGAAGAGCAGGUGUCCACAUACCUUUGGCCAUGUAGUGUAUCAGUGGUAACAUUUUUGCCCUUAAUAGGCUAAAUCUACCACACACACAAAUCCGAUUAGCGUAGGUCCUGAUGGGAAAUGCAAAACCUGAAAAACAACAAAGUCUCUGCACACUUCCAGUCAGAUGCACAUUUAUUUUAAUAGUUGCUAAGCUUUCGGUCAGUCGACCUUCAUCACUUGAAAUUAAGUCCCCUGAAUGCACUCAAAAGAAACCCGAAGCCUGACAGUCUUGCUUGGUGACAUUGUAGUGGUGGGUUGAGACAGGGGAGCCUGAAUAAACUAGGACUAUGGGUAACAGAGUUAAAAACAGUGCCUGCUUGUGAGUGUGCUUACAGCUGGCCCAGUCAGCAUGCGUAAACAACUUACAGUCCACGACCGAGGCCCUGCCCUUACAGGAUUUUGACAUAGCUCUUGCAACACCACUGAAUAUCCUUCUCCCAUCCGGCUCACCAGUCACUGAGCGCUAGGCACAUGGGAAGGAGUGGCAGCCUGCCUCUCUCCUCUGCUCAAAUCUCUUCUCUAGCUGGCCAAGGUGACACAGCUGACUCUACCUCCAGGAGCCACGUUGCCUCCUCAACCGUCCUUCUAUGCUUAACCCAGGGUUGUCCCCUCUGGCCUCGCCCCCUGGCUCUGAGGAGGCGUCCUGCCACGUCUCCAUGUCGUUGCCGUCAACCUCCCAGUCCCAGUGGCGGCUGAAGUACGUGUCCCUGGGAGUGCUGGUGCUGCAGACCACCUCGUUGGUGCUCACUAUGAGGUACUCGCGCACACUGCUGGGCGAGGGGCCGCGCUACCUAGCCUCCUCCGCCGUGGUUUCGGCCGAGCUGCUCAAGAUCCUCACCUGCCUGCUGCUCGUCUUCUACGACCACAGCUUCAGUGUGCGGGCAUUGAAUCGUGUGCUGAAUGAAGAGAUUCUCAACAAGCCCAUGGAGACGUUGAAGCUGGCCAUCCCAUCAGGAAUCUACACACUCCAGAACAACCUGCUUUAUGUCGCCCUGUCCAACCUGGACGCUGCUACCUACCAGGUGACGUACCAGCUGAAAAUCCUGACCACAGCCCUGUUUUCGGUGUCCAUGCUGGGGAAGAGACUGGGGCUCUACCAAUGGCUAUCUCUGCUCAUCCUCAUGACUGGUAUCGCUCUCGUACAGUGGCCUACAGAGUCUCUGGGUGGACCAUCUUCGACGCCUCUGUCUGCAGGCUCCCAGUUAGUAGGUGUGAUAGCCGUACUGAUAGCCUGCUUCUCCAGUGGCUUCGCUGGAGUCUACUUUGAGAAGAUCCUCAAAGAGACCAAACAGAGUGUAUGGGUCCGCAACAUCCAGUUAGGUUUGUUUGGCCUGGUGUUUGGUCUUAUUGGCGUGUUUGUGUACGACGGAGAGAGAGUGAGGGAGUCCGGAGUGUUCCAAGGCUACAACUCACUCACCUGGACCGUUGUGGCCCUGCAGGCUCUGGGCGGGUUGGUCAUAGCAGCAGUCAUUAAGUAUGCAGACAACAUCCUGAAGGGCUUUGCCACGUCACUCUCCAUCAUCCUGUCAACACUCAUAUCCUACUUCUGGUUGAAGGACUUCGACCCCACCAGUGUGUUCUUCCUGGGAGCAAUGCUGGUCAUUGCUGCCACCUUCCUCUAUGGUUACGAGGGCAAGAGGCCUGCCAUCAACCACAGCAAAGUAUAGAGGGAGACCCACCACCCACAGCCCUGGAACCCCAAUGAAGAGACACACGGGGCAAGAUGGAGAGAGGAAUAUGUCGCUGAGAAGUGGUGCUGAGCAAUUAACCAAAAUGUCGGUUAUUUUUCUGUUUUAAAACGACUAAUUGACCGACCUUAGUUCAAUUAUUUGAAUUUUAUUCCAUUAAUUUUUAUUUUUUUGCUCAAUGCACACAUUGCGCUGCAGUUUCUAUAGAGAUAAAUAAGGUCAUGCCAGAACUGUGCGAUGUAGUAAGGAGUUGUAGUUUCCAACAGGCCAAUGUUCUUCAUAGUUUAGCGCAGAAAAAGUGAUAAUUAACUACAAAGACCAUAAUUCAUUGCGCGGCUACUUGUCUGGUCUGUUCCUUUUACGCCUGCAACGUAAGAGACAGAGGAAUGAGCGAUCAAGAGUGCAUACAUCCGAGAGCAGUUGCUUCGUGAGGUAUUGGUAUUUAGCGGUCAUGAAAGCAUGCCUCUUACUGUGAAGACCUACUAAAAUAGUGAUUUUGUCAAACAGCUUAAGCAGCAGCUCUAUAGAGAUGAGAUGAUGACUUGGAAUGAAAUAAUAAAGUCAUCAAAUUAAACAAAUGUAAUAUACACAACAACGGACAUAUUUAAUUAAAGUCAUGUGAAUAACUGCUAGUUAAGCAUUAAUGUGCAGUCACUACCAUCAUGGGAUUUUUAAUUGUAAUAUUCUGUGUUCCAGCAUUCAACCCAGAUAAUAUCUGAAUAUAGCUAAAUAUCUGUAUGCAACCAAUAACAUUCGAUUCGAUGUAAUGCAUAGUGCAUUUAAUUUAAAAAUAAUAGAAAAUCUGAAACCAAAACGACCUCAAAAAGCAAUAAUCACUCAGAGCUACUGAGAAGGUCCACGUAGUCAAGGAGGAGCAGAACUCCUCGAACAAGAGUGUAGGCGGAAGGAGUCCUAAGAUGUUUAAUGUACACAACAGCAGAUAGGAAUCGCCUGGUUCCAAAAGGUUUGAAAACAAGGUUUUGAUUGUCCAAUACUGGUACAAGUAGUCAAGAUGGACGUAAUAGCAUUUAUAAAACUCUUUAUUGAAAUUCAAAGCGCUUUACGUUGCAUGGGGUUAGUAAUGCAACCACACUCUCCCAUCGUGACGCCAUCAAGUUCUUGAUCAAACAGGCUCAUGAAUGUGACUCUUCCACAGUUCACACUUGUAUGCACGUCAAACACACACACACACACACACGUCAUGGAGCUGAAGAUACUAUGAUGCCUAUGCAGGGCAUAUGAAAGGUUAUGCUCACAUGUGACCUGUCACCUCAGGGGUGAUAGAGCCAAACUCACCAAAGCAUGGAAUUAUGGGAAAAUGGACUUUACAGGGAACAAUGAGAAUUCAUCGAUUAAUCCAAGAAUUCACUGCCAACGUUACUGUUUUUUUAAUGUUCUAUUUAAAAAAAUAUAUAUUUUAUCAUGUAUUUGGGGAGUAGGGGAAUGGGAAUUUUUAGUAUAAAUGUAUUUUAGGGGUACUGCUGGUCAAUAAGGGGGAGGAUAUUUAAAUGAAUGUAAUGCCUCACAGGUUACCGCCCCUCAUUUGUUUUUGAGUGACAGCUCCACCUAGUGGGAGCGUUGGGUUGUAGCACAUUUACUGCAGAGGGGAGGGGUUGAGACCAAUGACUGAAGAGAUGCUGGAUGUCCUUUUAUUGGGGACAAGGAAGAAAAAGAUUAAAGGAAGGAAUGCUUUAAACUUGCUGCUCAUUGUCCGGCCAUUCAGAUCCAAGGAAUUACACAUCCAGUUGCUGUUUUUAUGCAAAAAUUGCUUGUAAUGCAAGAUAAAAUGAAUAAAUUAAGUGAUCAAAUGUAAAAUAAGGGUCUAAACAGAUGUUUUGUAUUGAAAGAGCUUAUAUUGUAUAUGUUGUUUCAUCUAGGUAUGAAAUCCCAAAGCAGGAUUGUUUGAUGAGUAAGAGGUCAUAAAUUAUUUGAUGUUUCUCAACAACUGGGUCAUAUUCAUGAGGCACCAAAUGGAACAAAAUGGGCGGAAACAGGGACAGACUGCCCGAACUUGUCCAAUAAGAAAUGCGUUUUGUGUUGUGUUUGCUCUGGUGUGCCCUAAUGAAGGCAAUCCUGGUUCCUAUCGAGCCGAGUUCAGACAAACCAAACCAGUCUCUAUAGCAACAGAUCACUGAAUAUGUUUGGUACCAAUUCAAAAAUUAAUAAACUGUUCAUAUAAUA